CAUUUCGCCGCGGAUGGUUCGAUAAAAAUCAGUCGUCGCGUCGUCGCUGGUUGCUGAAUGUCGUUUGACUAAUUCGUUCGAAAAUUCCUUUGACAGUAUUUUUUAUCAAUAGUGUGACAUCCUGGAUCGCUUCUCGCUCUACACAUUUGUGAUAUCUGUAAAUGAGUCGCGAUCUGGAGUAACGGAAAGAAAUUAAUUACGAAAAGUUAUCACCGCAUAUGUAAGACAUCAUAUAGGAGCGUUGCACGUACACGUCGCAUGAUAGCGAACGUGCAAACAGAAAGGAGAACGUGAUGCAAAGAAAUUGAAUUUACCAGAGGAGUUGGAAAAAGCUUCGACUUUCAACGUGAGAAAAUAUAAAAUUUUUCUAGACAUCUUUUUCAAAUACUUUCCUUACUGUACUUAUUGUAUACAAACGAAUCUCGAAUGAGGUAAUCGUGAGCUGAGGAUCCAUGCAGCGAACUGACAAUUGCAAGUGAACGAUACUUUACAUCAGACGUCUAUACCUUACAUAUACUCGAACACGUUCUUCUACUUGAGAGAGAUACGAGGGGAAAAAAAAAAGUACAUAUAGUUUACGGAAGCAAUUUUCUUUGAACUGUUUUUCUUGGAACUAAUCAAAAUUAUAUGAGAAGAGAAUAUUAUAGUUGUAAAUAUGAAAUUCAGUGUAGUGUUUUAGACACGCGAUAUAUAAUCAAGAGAUACGGUAUUAGUCUCGCGCCAAAUUCGCGCGCAGCAACAGCGAAACAUUCCGAGCAUAAAAUGAUAAAUGGUGGCUACCAGCAGCAUGGUAUAUGAAGAGAUAGUUGGUAUACGGGGCAGCUGACCCCAGCCGCCGCGCACACUUUUCACGCGCGAGAUGCCCCACAAUCUAAACUCAGUUUCCGCCAAUUCCGCCAACACAGGACCGAAUCAUCAAGCCUAUCCUCAGCAGCCUCAUCAUCGAGACAAUGCAGAUGGACUCCAACCCGAGAAAGAACCGGUGGAAUUCGACAUUUCGCAUUUGCGAGGUGCUCCAGCGGAAGUCGAGACAUUGGUACACAACAUCAAGGAAGUGGCCCAACAAUUUCUCUAUCACUGGCGAACUUUCCCCAUCGUUUUGCCACCGCCAUUGUCCUCGUGCACGGAGGGUGAUGACACGUUGGCGCGAAAAAAAUAUCAUCUAAGGGAUCUUUUUGUGGCACCCAGCUUCGACGAGCUGGACGCCGUUGCUGUAGACAGCAAGGGCGAGCCAAGAAGAUUGACCAACAAACAAUUGGAGAGCAUCAGGGAGCGAGGCUUACACAAGGAUAAAUAUGGAAAGCCGAAGAAGCUAAAUGCCACUCAAUUGGAGAGCAUUCGAAAAUGCGGAGAAUUCGAAGUAGAUUCGAUCAACUUUGCUGGACAGACGCACCGAUGGCGACUGAGCGGUCUUCUACAGCGCGGCCGAGAUAGACGGCGAGACACGUUACUCACGGAUCUCGCCUUGGCGACUAGAUUUCUCGUUGUAACGGCGAGAGCUAGAUUAAUUUCUCAUUGCUUUAGUGUCUCACAAUCCCUUAAGGCUCUAAUAACGGGACUAUUACGACUUCUCGAUAUUAUAAUUGGCGUGCCAUCGCUCCAGGCACAUAAUUUAGAUGCUAAAAUUAGGGAAGAACGUUGUCGAUACUUGGUAGCGGAAUUGGUCUGUCGGCCGGAAUAUGAGGAUUCUGUGGAACUACUUUGUGGAUUUAUAAAGAAACAACUACGUCGGGCAACUACUGAAAAAUUUGAAGUGGAAAGAGAAUCGUCCCAGCUAUUGCCUGUUUCGAUCCCUUUUGUAUUUGGGACACCCGGUGGGGCCGCGGUCGAUCUAAGACUAUUUAGCAGGGACAUAAUUAGGAAGGCUCUGCCGACGCUUGUUGCAAUUUUGGAGAGAGAGACAAGAGGCUGGUUCCUUCACUUUAGAGAAAGACUGAUAUCUGAAUUGAGAGCACAAAAGAAACCGGAUGAGGAAAUAGAACGAGAAGUUAAUGAAGCGGUGAUGCGUGAAUAUCUGCAAAGGGUAUACUCAAAUAUCUUAUCGCAUCCAGACAUUCUCGCGUUAGGCGACGGUAUUGCUCAGCUGCUGGUUCAACAAGCGCAAUCGGUCGUGCUGAUGCAUCGAGCGGUAGAGAAUAUGCAACGGAAACUAUCGCAAACCAAAGAUUCUCUGCGACGUCGCAUUGAAAACGAGCAUCCGGUUUUGUCGCGAAUACAGCCAUGGAUGCGCGAUCGAAUGCGGGAGGCUGAGGAAAAUUUCAUCGAGGAAUGCGAAUGGAGCGCUCACGAGGAAGCUCUGACGCUCUGCAGUCAUCAGAAUCUCACGCAAACAAUUUACUUUCUUAAUCGUGAUUUAACCUUUAUGAAAGAGAGAGAGCCAGUUCUUCUGAAAGAACUGCGGAAGGUCAAAACUCCGACAAGGACUUUCCAAUGGCCCACGCAAAUCUGGCUACCAAAAAACUGGAUAAUAAGACGUAAUUUUCAAGGUCAAUCAGAAAUCAUUCCGACCGUAUUGAGCAACACUCCAACUUCUAUUACAACACCUCGCGCUGAUCCCAGUCAACCCGUCUUUUUAGUCGAAAGAGAAAUUGUACAUACAACUACAACAAGAUGGCCGAUGUGGCGCUGGAUAAAUUACAUCGCCAGGACGUGGUGUUGGACUUGGAAUGCAAUGUUUUUAUUGGGCGUAGCCGUACCCUGGUGUAGUCCAGUAUCUUUUCGCGCUUUAUUGCUGGUGCAAUCGUUUACCCCCGAUUUAGAAUUGAGUCAAUUGAAUGGAACAUUAUUUCCGAGAAAGUCAUCACAGAUGCCUACUCUUUGUUCUCGAUUAAUAGCGCUUUGGAGGCACAUCAGUAAAAGUCGAACACAUUUUGAAACUGAACCAGACACAGGAUUUAUCGGCAAAGGUAUGACUCGACAUCUAAAUAGACUAUGGAAUUAUGGUGUUAAGGGUCUGUUGGGCACGAUUAUCAUAUUGUUUAUAUUUCCCGUGGUGUGUAUCAUGGCGAGUGUUGGCUCACUGCUGAUUGCUCUCACCGCAGUCUUAUGUGCAAUUAAACUCUUCCAUUUUGUCAGGAUGCCUUUAAUUACACUGACGCUGCAUGCGUUUAUGGCACUUAUCAUGGACUUGGAUAGCCCCGAACCGAGCCGUAAUCGAUAUCUCGUGGUAGUGGAAGCAUUACUCUGGAACAUUGGUAUUCAAGGAUGUCUACAACCAAUAGCGGCGUUAUUCGUAGCCUUUGUUCUGUGCCCAGUCAUUUCAUUCGUAAUACUUACAAUUGCUGUGAUACGUUACUGGGUCAGAGUGCUCUGGGAUACAGCAAUGUUCCAUCUAGUGAUUAAAAACAGAGGUCGGAUACCAGCAAGCGAUAGUUUUGUCGUAAAGAGAAUAGCUGGCCCAGGGUUAGCUUCGGAUUAUUAUUAUCAAAUACGAGCGGAACAAGCAUUAGCCGCAUUUGAAGCAAAGUUAGAACUGGACGAAUUGCUGGCUUUUCAACAAGAAAUCGAGAGAUUAAUUACUCAACCGCAGAGAGAUUUUACUCAGUUUGUCGAAGCCUGUUUCGGUCCAUUUGCCGCUAGUCUCGCAAAGACAAAGGAUCCGUACAAAUCGCUCGAAAAAGAAGCCAAAGAUUUGAUUGCCGUAUUACAUGAGAAAUUGGAUCGUCGAAGAAAGAAUUUGCAGACAGGUCUCGGCGUCGCGGUGAGGAGUAAAAUAAAAUUAACUACUUUUGACUUGAAGGUGGUCAUACAGCAAGGAGCACUGAUGCUAGAACGUCUAUAUCCCACUCAUGUUUUGGCGAGAUUAUCCGGCAAUGAGGAAGAUUUUUGGGAAAAUAAAGGUUUAGGGGUAUGUGACUGGGCAGGCCUGGCAGGGCUUAUGUACGCCGACAUUUUUAGUCUGGAUUUUCUACAACCACUCGACGAUUCCGACACUAAAUUCAGAUUAGAACCACAUCCAGGAGUUGAUCUGUCGCGAUAUACGGACAUGGUCCACAGUACUGAGCUAGGUGGCAUCAACGGGCCUGAUUUGCUUGGCGCUGUUUACGCACCACGCGGGAAUAUUCAAAUACACAGUCCAUAUCUCGAGGUAUCUGCUUUUAAUCCGCGAGCUAAGCAAACCAGCAAUAGCAGAAAGGCUGAUAAGCGAUGUGAUACUAGCGGACUAUUGACGUCGACAAAGAUCCGAAGACACGCAAUGACAAACGACAAUAGUUCCGAAGGACGGUGGCAACCGUGGAAACGCCAGAUUCGUCCAUACAGUGCAGAGAAGUUGGUGAUUCCUCUACCGAUACCGCAUCCGGCUCAUAUAGCGGUAACCAUACAUAAUCGCGACUCGGAGGAUCCGAUACCUCUCGAUUCGGAACUAUGUCAAAAUAUCUUACGAGCCAUUGAGGAAUCUCCCGGUGAGAUGGCAACGGAAUGCAUAAAUCGAUACAGAGGCGGCGGCGACGGUGACGGCGGUGGUGGUGAUUCUAGUUUCGAUUCCGUCGCGUCACAAUCAUCUGUCUCGAUCGAGACUGGUUUGGAGAAGGAGAAUGAGACAACGCAGGAGACUGCCGUGGCAAACGAAAAAAAUGGCGAGACUUACCAUUGGACUCUGUCGAAUUGGGGCGGUGGUAUGACGCGAAAACGAAACAAUUCUGGAUCCAUAAAGGUUGAUCUAGCGUCUCCGGAAGAUGUUACUCUCGAUACAGAUACCACCAGAGUGAUGUUCAGCACGUACGGAACAACUGUCUGAAUUAAAUUCGCCAUUAUAUACGCCGAAUAAAUGGUUCUCUCGUCGUCGUCAACGUGUUUAUAAAUGAUAUAUAAAGAAAGAGAGUUGCAAUUAUAAAUUUGAAUCCAAUCUUAGAUAACAACCUUUGCCAUCCAAAAUGAUAUCCAUAUAUUAAAAAAUUACAUUAUUCAAUUUUAACUAAAAGCAAAAUACGUAUUCUUAAUCAGUAUGUAAACUAAACAUUUAUUAAAAAAUUUUAGUCUAUUUUAAUCAAAAGUGUAAAUUUGGAAUGUUUAAAACACGAUAUCUUCCAAGUGAGAACAUAUUUACGGAUCAAUUAUCAUGUAAGUAUGUCUAUUUUUCGCGUAUUCUGUUACAUAUCUAGAUUUUAUUAAAAAUCCAUUACAUGCUAAUAUUAUUUGUCGUAAUAUUUAUUGUCAAAUUUGCCUGCUCAAAACCAAAGUUUAAAUAGGAAACUUUAAUUAUUGGCUCUUUUCAGUUUAUUUUCUUAGAAUAAAUUCAAAUAACAACAGGCAAAUAUGAUCAUUAUUUAAAAAUAAUGAUUUUCAAGUCCUCUUAUAUAAGAAAGGAAAAAUUUAAAAAGAGAAAAAAAAGUAAAAAAAUAUCCUGGAUAGUAGCGCAACAGAUAAGAUUAGCAAAGUCUCUCUUUAAUAUUAUAUUAAAUAUAUACUCAUAUUGAUAUACUGUAUAUAGAUAGUCAAUUGUAUAAAUAAAUUUGUUAACGUAACGUUACAUAUACUCUCCGUAUUUACGGAUAUGCUGAAUGGCGAUUCGCCGAUAAAGAUAUAUGCUUAUAAUUGUAUGUGCUUGCGCGAUAAUUAUUUUAUUCAAGUUAAUUGUAAAAUCGCCAAACUUCCAUUAUAAAAAUAGUAAUGGAUGUUAUCGAUUAAAUCUCAUAUAAUUUAAUAAUGUACAGAGUAUAAAUUGAACCAUAUGUAAUUGUUAUUCUCAUAUAAUUUAUUUCAUCGAGACGAAUGCGCUUUUUUAACACGUAUAUAUAUCUAACAUUUCAGGAAAUAUUUUAAUGUUGUACAUUCAAGUUCCCCCUCCUCCUCGUUCAUGUAUGUUUUAUUUUUUAAAUAAAAUUACAAUAGAUGUUAUAUAUAUUCCCCAACAUGUUGUGAGAAUCGAGAUAAGCUUAUUUAAACGGUAGCGUGCGCUGCAAUUGAAGAAACAUUGCAUAAAAAAGUAAAUGUAUUACGAUUCUGUAGAUAUGGAAAAAAAAAGCGAAUUAGCGAGUUUCAACGCAUUACGAUACUAUAAUAUAUAAUAAACACCAAUAGUGAGAAACUAUUUACUCAAUAAAA